AUGAAGUUCAAUCCACGAGUGACAUCGUCGCGGCGGAAGAACCGGAAGGCGCAUUUCACGGCGCCGUCGAGUGAGAGGCGAGUGAUCAUGAGCGCACAGCUCUCCGCCGACCUCCGGCAAAAGUACAACGUCCGAUCGAUCCCGGUGAGAAAAGACGACGAGGUACAGGUGGUUCGCGGAUCGUUCAAAGGACGAGAAGGUAAGAUCGUGCAAGUUUACCGCCGGAAAUGGGUGAUUCACGUGGAGAGAAUCACGAGGGAGAAAGUAAACGGAACGACGUUGAAUGUCGGUGUGAAUGCGUCGAAGGUUGUGAUCACGAAACUGAAACUCGACAAAGAUCGCAAAUCGCUGCUUGAGAGGAAAGCGAAGGGCCGCGAAGUUUCGGAUAAGGAGAAAGGGACGAAGUUUACAGCUCAAGAUAUUAUGCAGAAUGUUGAUUAA